AUGACAGAAAUAAUCUUAAAGGAAGGCCUAGACACCAUUCGAAUCCCAACAUUAUCCACCAAUAUAAUCGAACAACCAAACUUGAGAUUGACUAAAGAGAAGCGCUCUUGCCACGGCAGGGAUCUGUUCCAAGGAAACUAUAUUGAUGAAAGUUCAGGAACAAGGGGUGCGGCUUUUGGUAUUGGUGGGAUGGAAAAAUUACGAAAGGUCAAAGGAGCCAAAGGGAAGCCAAAGGGAGCCCAAGUGGAAUAUGACGCUGACGGUGGUGGUGGUGGUGGCGGGGGGAGGGUGGAUUUGUUACCAUAG